AUGGCUUCAUCACAAUGUCCCACUGAUCGAAACUUCAUUAUAGUGGAUUUCCACUACAAUGGAACGUUUGCACCCAACCCAUUAGUAUACUUUGAUCCCGACAGACAAUCAGUAGGAGAUGUUGACUUCAGUGCAUUUGAGUACGAGGAGUUCAUGGAAUUCCUUCAAAAGCUCACCAGAACUAGAAGCAAAGACAUCUACUUCUGCCUUCCACAAGAGUCUUUAAGUCAUGGAAUUCAUACACUGGUGAAUGACGGUGAUUACAAAGAAUUUUUGGAUUUGGCUUAUGCAAAUGGGAGGAGAAUGAAUGUGUAUGUAACGCCCCGUUCUAAGAGUAAUUAUUUAUGGAAUUCCCGAGAUCAAGAGUAA